CAUUUGAAAUAACGUAAUACCCUCUAUUCACCGGGAGUCCGUUUCGCCUUUGUGACUGCGGCACAUGUGCACAAAUUCUAUUCUUAAUGGGUGGUAAAAAACUCAACUUGGUAUCAAAUCGCGUUUAAUUCUGGCCUUUGCUGUCGGAUUCAUCCACAAAAGUAUACACUCACAUCUCAAAAUAUAGAAUUUGUUUGGUUUGGUUUCCGUGCGGAUCCCACGACUCUCAAGGGUGCUUUUGAGUGAGAAGUAUUGCCGCUGCAGAAAAACUCUUCCGAUUCUCUGUGUUUCAUCUGUAACACCAAAUAUCUAUCAUGGUUAAAGAAAAGAUUCAUAUCAACAUUGUGGUUGUCGGCCACGUCGACUCCGGGAAAUCUACCACUACCGGUCAUCUCAUCUACAAAUGUGGUGGAAUCGACAAACGUGCCAUCGAAAAGUUCGAGAAGGAAGCUGCCGAGAUGGGAAAGGGAUCCUUCAAGUAUGCCUGGGUUCUCGACAAGCUGAAGGCGGAACGUGAACGUGGUAUCACCAUCGACAUUGCUCUCUGGAAAUUUGAAACAGAGAAGUACCAAGUCACUGUCAUUGAUGCUCCUGGCCAUCGUGAUUUCAUCAAGAACAUGAUUACUGGAACCUCGCAGGCUGACUGUGGUGUUUUGGUCGUUGCUGCCGGUGUUGGCGAGUUCGAAGCUGGUAUCUCUGCACACGGGCAGACUCGUGAGCAUGCCUUGUUGUGCUAUACCUUGGGAGUCAAACAGCUCAUCGUCGCCAUCAACAAGAUGGACAAUACUGAGCCCAGGUUUUCCGAGGCCCGUUUCAAUGAGAUUGUGAAGGAAGUCUCUGCCUACAUCAAAAAAGUGGGCUACGACCCCAAGGGUGUUCCAUUUAUUCCCAUCUCUGGAUUUCACGGCGAUAACAUGCUUGAGCCUUCGGAAAGUAUGCCUUGGUUCAAGGGGUGGAAGAUAACACGUAAGGCUGGAGACGCAAGUGGAGUUACCCUUUUUAAUGCACUUGAUGCCAUUGUACCUCCUUCGAGGCCAACAGACAAGCCUCUUCGACUUCCCCUCCAAGAUGUCUACAAGAUCGGAGGCAUUGGAACUGUUCCAGUGGGUCGUGUUGAGACAGGAACAAUGAAAGCUGGACUUGUUGCUAAUUUUGCCCCUGUCAAUAUUAUCACUGAGGUGAAAUCAAUUGAGAUGCACCAUGAAAAUUUAGAAACGGCUAUGCCAGGUGACAACGUUGGUUUCAAUGUCAAGAACGUCUCAGUGAAGGAACUCAAGAGGGGUAAUGUGUGCGGAGACAACAAGAACGACCCUCCAAAGGAAGCAGCGGAAUUCAAGGCACAGGUAAUCAUCAUGAACCAUCCUGGACAGAUCCAUGCUGGCUAUUCCCCGGUUUUGGAUUGCCACACUGCUCAUAUUGCCUGCAAGUUUGCCCAUCUCCUAGAGAAGAUCGACCGUCGAUCAGGCAAGGUUCUCGAGACAAACCCAAAGAUGGUGAAGUCUGGUGACGCUGCCAUUGCUACAUUGGUUCCUACAAAGCCGAUGGUUGUCGAGAGCUACGUGGAAUUUCCUCCGCUUGGUCGGUUUGCUGUACGUGACAUGAAGCAGACCGUUGCUGUAGGUGUGGUGAAGGCUGUCGAGAAGAAGGAAUCAUCCGGCGGCAAGGUGACCAAGGCUGCUCAGAAGGCUACUGGCAAGAAGAAGAAGUAGCAUGAUGCUUCUAUAAAAUGUCAUGAUUAGAGGGGAUGGGGGGGGGGUAUGUCGCACAAAAGAAGUCACAAGUUGUAUAAGUUUCAAAAUCUAAUUUUUAUGAUUGAUUUUGUACGCAUUUAUGAUACAUAAUUAUCUGUUACCUAGCUUAUUAAAGAAAAUAAUAAUGCGAGCACGAAGCACGAGAUUGAAAUUUUCCAAUGUACUGACCUGAAAACGGAACAAUUUAAAUCGUCAACAGGGUGCAUGCCUAUCUCAUAAAACAAAUAAUACCAGCAAGAAACGCGAACUGAAACAUCUUUGUAUAUUGACUUUAAAUUCAAGUACUUGCACUUUGAUCAGGAAUACUAUGCCGAUCGCACUAAAUAAUAUACAGUCUUGUAAACGGCAUAAAAAUAUACCCCGAAAGGGAACAUUUUAUGCACUCUAAUUUUUCACGAAAGAAGUAUAGGCAGACCUGAAAGGGCCAUUUCGAGGACUAUCUGGCUGUCUAAAUUCAUGAAAAUAUGUAAUUAUCGAGCGCAAAGCGCGAGCUAAUUGAUCUGAAAUUGAUCUGAAAAACGGGACAUUUUAAGCAUGGUUUUGCAAUCACAUUUAAGAUGUGUAUCUUUCAAAACAAACUAAUGAAAGUGAGAAGCAAAACUGAAUCAUUUGUGCGUGUGUGUGUAUUAACUUUAAAAUAAGGCGUAUCAUUACUGAAUGGGAUAUGUUUCUCAUUAAACAGGCAAUGCCAGCGCAAAGCGCGGAGAAAUAAUCAUGUCGGUAGUGACGUAUGUAAUUAAAGCUGUGCUUUUGUCAGUUUUCCAUUCCACUUCUCUCCAAUAAUUGUAACCCCCUUUACUUGUCUUCUUCUCUUUCUACCACCCUUCCUUUCCUUCUUUGUUAUCAUCAUAUUCUUCUCAUAUUUUCUUUUAUUUCUUGCCAUUUUUCCUCCUUUUUGCGCUCCUGGAUCUGCCAAAUGGCUUUGACUCCGGGUGAGCAAAGCAAAAGUGAAUCAUGAGAUAUAAUUAAAAUAAAAAGUGACUACCUAUUUUUCACUUGAACUUCAUAAAAGCUUCUGGGGUGGGGCCUUUUAUGAUAUAGUUAACAAUUUAUAAUGAUUAUUAUCCACAUAGAAAUAAUCUAUUCCAAGACAGAGUAUUGUCAUUACCCCCAGCUUUAGCUCGAGCUGCCCUACAGAGUGCAUUCAAGGGAAUCCUUCACCGGAUCAUCGGUGUUUAGUGCUGCACAAUGUGGGUGAAUUUCAUUCUAAAGAAAACCAUGUCGACUGGGAUUCGAGGCCACGUCCCUCUGAUUAAAAGAAGAGAAACAUUACCAUGACGCCCCCAUAUUACAUCCGAGCCAGAAAAUUUACAAUAUAGCUGAUUAGUGUCGAAACAUGUGAUUCUAAACCUAUCAAAUAUACACAGAAAAACAUGGGAGUGGGAAAUUGUCAGAGUUGAAGCCUAUUUCAAUACGAGGGUGUGCAGCUGCUGAGUUAAUGAAUCCGGCACUGCUUACUGUGAAUCUUUGAAAUUGAAGCCUAAUUUCAUCUAACUAUAAUUCUAAUUCAUUUGGUUUUGUACCAGCCAUUUAAGUCAUGUGAACCACGCAGCCAUGUCCAUGCAUAGUAUGCUCUUUAACGCAAGUGCCAUUUAUGUGAUACACAUUCGGCUUAUAUACAAUCCACUUUGGUCUUUCAGCGCAUGGAAAUGUUUAUGUACUGAUGUUAUUUUGUUGUACCCUUCCUCAUUACAUCAAUCAUCAAUUCCGUGAAUCCCUUAUCAUGGACAAUCAGCAUCAAGAAGAGUGUAGACAUUCAUUAAAAAAAAGGAGAAAGAAAGAUAUAUAGCAGCUGAACCAUAUCCUCUUAAAACCUAUUUGUACUUUUGGUUCUUUUCCCAAAGUCGAUAUGCCUUUUCCAAUCAUUAUAUUAAUGUGUGCCCUUUACUUGAUUACGAUAUGAAAGAUACGAAAAUAAAAAUAUGUUGAAAGUAUAGAUUUUUGUUUGUUUGAUCGUGUACCCGAUCCAAACAAGAUUAAAUGUGUCAUUUUUGUCUUGCUUAUUAUACAUAACUUCAUCUCAAGCACUGAAUGAGCUGGAUAUGUUAAAGACUCGUACAAUCUCUCUUUGUAGCUUUCUCUAAAUUUGAAUAAAGAGCUGAAUAGGCUAUUUUACAUUAGAAAACAAAAUGAAAAUAUAAAGAAUGAAAAUGAAAAUGUCAAAUUUAAAUUCUAAUGACUGCAAAUGCCAAAUCUGAAUUGUAAUAGCGGAAAGGGAACAUUCAUUAACCACUACACAUUUGCAAUGAUCAUGGAUUUUGAACGAUAUUGGAGUAUAAUUUACACAACUCACGACCCUUUACCAAUGAUUUAGGCAAGCUUAAAUCUUGACUUUUCCCAUAUGGUAUAUAUAACAAAAUAAAUUAAAUAAAAUUAUUAUAAUCGUGUGAUGGUUUCAUAGGUUUACAUAACUUACAAAUGUAAUUUAUACCACAGACUGCUUAAUAAAUCUCUUUUUGUUGUGAAGUUCCUCAUAGCCCUUUUUCGUUGUUGGAAAUAUUAUUUCGUUAAAAAUGAAAUAAAUAAAAUUAAAAUGAA